UGCGGCCUGUCGGAUCCCCGGGCGGCCAGGGGGGGACAUGGUCCCCUCACUCGCCCCUUGCUGGCGGCCAUGAAGAGGCAGAACGUGCGGACCCUGUCCCUCAUCAUCUGCACGUUCACCUACCUGCUGGUCGGGGCUGCCGUCUUUGAUGCCCUGGAGUCCGACAACGAGAUGCGGGAGGAGGAGAAACUCAAAGCCGAGGAGAUCCGGCUCAAAGGAAAGUACAACAUCACCAGCGAGGACUACCGGCAGCUGGAGUUGGUGAUCAUGCAGUCCGAGCCGCACCGGGCCGGCGUCCAGUGGAAAUUCGCCGGCUCCUUCUACUUUGCCAUCACGGUCAUCACCACCAUCGGUUAUGGACAUGCUGCCCCAGGGACGGAUGCAGGGAAGGCCUUUUGCAUGUUCUAUGCGGUCCUGGGGAUCCCACUGACACUCGUCAUGUUCCAGAGCUUGGGCGAGCGCAUGAACACCUUCGUCAAGUACCUCUUGAAACGCAUCAAAAAGUGCUGUGGGAUGAGGAGCACCGAGGUCUCCAUGGAAAACAUGGUCACUGUGGGUUUCUUCUCCUGCAUGGGAACACUCUGCAUUGGAGCAGCAGCCUUUUCCCAGUACGAGGAAUGGAGCUUUUUCCAUGCUUACUAUUACUGCUUUAUAACAUUGACUACGAUAGGAUUUGGAGACUAUGUGGCCCUGCAGACCAAAGGGGCCCUUCAAAAGAAGCCUCUCUAUGUGGCUUUUAGCUUUAUGUACAUUCUAGUGGGGUUGACAGUCAUUGGGGCAUUUCUAAAUCUGGUUGUUCUCAGGUUCUUAACCAUGAACAGCGAGGACGAGAGGCGGGAUGCCGAGGAACGGGCAUCCCUGGCAGGGAACCGCAACAGCAUGAUUAUCCACAUCCAAGAGGACUCCCAGCAUGGUCGGCCACGGUACAAGGCCGAAGUAACAGACCUUCAGUCAGUUUGUUCCUGCAUGUGUUACAGGUCCCAUGAGUACACCAGCCGGGUGGUGUCCCACCAAAAUUCGUUCAGCUCAAAGCUGAACCCCCAGUACUUUCACUCCAUCUCUUACAAGAUAGAGGAGAUCUCACCAAGCACAUUAAAAAACAGCCUUUUCCCAUCUCCUGUCAGCUCCAUCUCACCUGGGUUGCACAGCUUUACAGAUAACCACAGGCUGAUGAAAAGGCGAAAGUCCAUUUAAAGGGAUUUGUCUUCUUUUGCUUUCCUUGUUUUCCCUAGUUCUCCGUUGUUCUGUUUUUUUUGUUCCUUGAGUGAGACAGAGGGAGGCCCAAGGGAGUAGAGAAAGCCAGUCCUCCUCUGAGACUCAGCUCUUGAGCAUGAAGCAUGGAUUAUUACUGUUCCAGCAAAGUAUGCCUUACAUUACCCCCUCGGUGGAUGUCAGAGGAUUCAAGGUGACGUGAAGUGGGUACCAAAUCCAAAGUUGCACACACAGCUGGGAGCCUUCAUGUGCCACUGGCACUCCUGACCUAAUAAACUAUUUUCCUCACGAGCAGGUUGCAGCGUGGGUGCGUGCUUG